ACUAAGAUGGCGGCGCCCACAGGGCCCGGGGCGGGGUUGAGUACUGUCGGUCUCUCCAGACCUCUUUCCUCUCUUUCCUCUGUUUCCUCUUUUUCAUGUUAAUGGCGAGCUUUCGUCAAUAUUUGUUCUCUUUCCUGGUUCUGGUAGCCCCGAGGACCAGGGAAGGAAGGAUUGCCUCAGGGAUUGGGGAAAAUAGCCCGGGGGAAGGCGGGACUUCCGCGUCCUUCCGGAAGCGACGUAAUAGUGGCGGCCUCCGAAAGGUGGAACGGCAGGUGGGUUCAGGUGCCAGCUUAUCCCGCACCGGCCGUGAGACUGACGCUUCCGGUGAGGGACAGAGGCAGCUUUCAAGGGCCUGGAGAUCCGUGGUGCGGCCUUUGGCAUCCGAGCCCACCGCCCUGGCCUGGAAUUCCCCCCUGUACCUAUUCCCUGUUCCUCUGCCGGGUUGGGCAGUGAGCCAGCCCACCUCAACUCUCAGAACCAUGUUUGCAGACUUGGAUUAUGACAUCGAGGAGGAUAAACUCGGAAUCCCUACUGUGCCUGGGAAGGUGACCCUGCAGAAGGAUGCUCAGAACCUGAUCGGGAUCAGCAUUGGAGGAGGGGCCCAGUACUGCCCCUGCCUCUAUAUUGUCCAGGUAUUUGACAACACUCCGGCUGCCCUGGACGGCACUGUGGCGGCUGGCGACGAGAUCACCGGGGUCAAUGGCAGAUCAAUCAAAGGAAAAACUAAGGUGGAGGUGGCCAAGAUGAUUCAGGAGGUGAAGGGGGAGGUGACUAUCCACUACAACAAGCUGCAGGCGGACCCCAGGCAGGGCAUGUCCCUGGACAUAGUGUUGAAGAAGGUAAAGCAUCGACUGGUAGAGAACAUGAGUUCGGGGACUGCAGACGCCCUGGGCCUGAGCCGGGCCAUCCUGUGCAACGACGGGCUUGUCAAGAGGCUUGAGGAGCUGGAGCGGACUGCCGAGCUGUAUAAAGGGAUGACAGAACACACCAAGAACCUCCUCCGGGCCUUUUAUGAGCUGUCACAGACACAUCGGGAGGCCAAGCAGGGGCAGCCUUCAGGGCAGACUUGUCAUGCAGCCUUUGGGGACGUGUUCUCCGUGAUUGGGGUACGGGAGCCCCAGCCAGCGGCGAGCGAGGCUUUUGUGAAGUUUGCGGACGCCCACCGCAGCAUUGAGAAGUUUGGCAUCCGACUGCUGAAAACCAUCAAGCCGAUGCUGACGGACCUGAACACACACCUCCGCAAAGCCAUCCCCGACACUCGCCUCACCAUCAAGAAGUACCUGGAUGUGAAGUUCGAGUACCUGUCAUACUGCCUGAAGGUGAAGGAGAUGGAUGACGAGGAGUACAGCUGCAUCGCCCUAGGGGAGCCCCUGUACCGCGUGAGCACAGGCAACUACGAGUACCGCCUGAUCCUGCGCUGCCGCCAGGAGGCCCGCGCCCGCUUCUCCCAGAUGCGCAAGGACGUGCUGGAGAAGAUGGAGCUGCUGGACCAGAAGCAUGUCCAGGACAUCGUGUUCCAGCUGCAGCGCUUCGUGUCCACCAUGUCCAAGUACUACAACGACUGCUACGCGGUGCUGCGCGACGCUGAUGUCUUCCCCAUCGAGGUGGACCUGGCCCACACCACGCUGGCCUAUGGCGUCAGCCAAGACGAGUUCACUGAUGGGGAGGAUGAGGAGGAUGAAGAUGAUGAGGACACAGCGGCCAGGGAGCCAUCCAGGGAUGUGCAAGGGGCUGCUGGUUCCCUGGACAAGGGUGGAAGCUGGUGUGACUCCUGAGUGCCCCUCGGGGUGUGGAUCUGGGGGGUAGGGUGAGUGGGAGGAAAACAGCAUGGGGGCGGGGACAGGCCACCGCACCGCAGGGCUGCGCAUAAAGGCCUGCUGGCUUGGGGUGCCUGUUUCCCUGCUCCUCUGCCCUAGUGCAGUGAACCGGGCUUCCUGCCCCGGAAGGCACCAAGGCCAUGACAUGGGACUUGGACGUUGGCCUCUCCAUCUUCUUUCCCCACCUUCCCAGCCAGAUGGAGAGCUUGGCACCUGACCCCACCUUAGGAAGGGAAGAGGGUUUGGAGGUGGCAAGUCCAGGACCCGCUGUAGGCACCCCACUAGCCUUACCUGGAGCCUGCGGGGAGUCGGGGGCCAGGUGUUCAGCUGAGGUUGGGGCCAGCGUCUCGUGUACAGCCUCCCCCUGGGCCGGCCCCUCCCCAGUCCACUCUCACCUCGGCGGCCUUUAUUUAUUUUAUUCCCUCAGCUCAACCACUAGCUUAGGGAAGGGCUGGGCACGGCCUGUUGAAUAAACGUAAACCCAGCUGGA